CAGGAAUUAGUUCCUAGGCUGGACCAGUGUCAUACCUAAAUCCAUGAACCAAUUUCUUUGGGACGAUCCCGUGUCUACAUCUGCCCAAGCACACAAUCUUUCUAGUCACGGGUGAUGCGGUACAAUGAUUGGGUCAAACACUGAGGCCGGAAAAAGAAAACGAGGGCGACCUCAAUUAGACGCUAAGCAAGAUAAGUGGUAUGGCGUUGAAGAUCUCAGAGAGCGAAAGAGGAUUCAAGACCGACUAGCUCAACGAGCGAGGAGAAAGAGAAUUCAUCCAGAUCAACCUGCGAGCGAGAUGUCACCACGCAAAGGCAGCGACAGUAUCAAAUCCACCCCUGCUAAGGAUGCCGAGGCCCAUGACGACGCAGAGGAUGUAUUUGCUUCCGAGGAUAGGUUACCGGAUGAAUCACAUACACUGCAUGAACUGCUAUCGUUCACGGAUCAGUCAAGACUCACCAUCAGCGGCUCGUGGGAUAGCGCGAAGGUAAUGCCCUGGCCUGUGUCGCGGCCGCCAUCACAACUAUUCACUACAUCUAUUGGUAGCGACCACUGGUAUUUGUGCUGGCCAGCAUGGUCUAUUUACGCUGCGUUGUCGAGUCAUGGCAUGAUCAUGCGGACCUCGUGCCUUGACUGUACGUACGACGGAGUAUCCUCGAUUGAUGACGGCAAUAUACCUGGAGCGUUAAAGCCAUCACCAUUGCAACUCUUAACCAAGCACCGGCGCUGGAUUGAUCGAUUUCCAUUCCCGCGUAUGAGGGACAAUAUGAUCUUGCUGAGCGAGGUUAUCGAUCUUGAUCAGUUCUGCGCCGACUUGUUUGGUAGCGCAAGCUUCACCCUGAAGGACUCGCAUCCCACUUGGGAGGCCACCAGUUGGAUCGUGGGGCGAGAAUUCGCCCAGAAAUGGGGAUACCUACUUCUAUGAGGUUCGCUUUGAAAACUAGUUGUUGCUUCGAAGACGGAUAAUCAGGGCGCUGUUGACAGAGCUUCAAGUUGAUGAUCCAUCAUUUCCGACCUGCGCGAAUCCAAUACUGAUUUAGAAAACAGUUGUGGGGCUUCUCAAAAGGGCUUGUGUAAGACUCGAGUUGCGCUGAUUCAAUUCCAGUGGGGUUGAUCUUGAGACGUUUGGACUGCAACUCUCACGGGUUGUCACCGAGGGUUGGAGCACAUGUGGGUGAGCUUCAAAUUGGUCGCUCGGCCCCAUGGUAG